GUCCAAAACGUGAAGGGACAAACACCAUAAUAUUCGUUCGUCAUCACUCUUCACUCCCAAAAAAAAGCAAAGCAAAGCAAAGAGGUGGCAGCAGAGAGCUCUCCACCACCACCUCACAACGCCAAUCGGAACGCAAAACUCUUCUUUUUCACUUCUUGAGUUGAAAAUGGCUGAGAUCCAUUCCCAAGGCAGUGGAAGAAACCCUCACACUGUUCUCAAUGAGAGGAUUCUGUCCUCUAUGUCAAGAAGAACUGUGGCUGCCCACCCCUGGCAUGACUUAGAGAUUGGGCCUGGUGCACCAGCUGUGUUCAACUGUGUGGUUGAAAUUGGAAAAGGGAGCAAAGUUAAGUAUGAACUUGACAAAGCAAGUGGCCUCAUAAAAGUUGAUCGGAUUCUUUACUCCUCAGUUGUUUAUCCACAUAACUAUGGUUUCAUCCCAAGAACCAUUUGCGAAGAUAGUGAUCCAAUGGACGUCUUGGUACUGAUGCAGGAACCUGUGCUGCCUGGUACAUUUCUUCGUGCUCGUGCUAUUGGACUCAUGCCUAUGAUUGAUCAGGGCGAAAGGGAUGACAAGAUAAUAGCAGUGUGCGCUGAUGAUCCAGAGUUUCGUCAUUACCAGGACAUCAAAGAUCUUGCUCCACACCGCCUUGCUGAGAUCCGCCGCUUCUUUGAAGACUGUAUCCACUUGUUACUAAUUUCUGGUUAUGAUAUGUAUCUAUUAUUCAUUGCCCGCCUUCCUUACUAUCAAUCAAUAGACAAAAAGAACGAGAACAAAUCCGUUGCAGUUGAAGACUUCCUGCCUGCGGGUUCUGCAGUCGAUGCUAUCAAGUACUCCAUGGAUCUGUAUGCUUCUUAUAUUGUGGAGAGCUUGAGGCAGUGAACUGCAUUGCCUUGUCGAAGCACGAAACAAAUUAUUUUCGAUGAACAGCUGGUUCAUAAUUCUAUGGAAGCUGAUAGGGUCUUUAUGAGUUCUGAAUUUCAUGUCCUGUCUGAACUUCACAUAUGAACCAUGUUUGUCUUGAUUAAGAUGCAUUAUAUAUCAUGCAUGUGUGCACAAUGUGUGAAAAUGACACAAUAUUAGUGUCCAAAGUUUAAAUAACUAUUAUGAUUACAUAUAUAAGAG